UUUGGAAGGACGCUGAUUGGCUGGAAGCGAUUCAACACACGCCGGGCAAGAGAGCUUUGUCUGAGUUGAAGUGAAGUUGUACAGAUUUUAGACUGGAGUCAGCAAUCACGGGUGUGUUUAGUCUGCAGCCGAGCAGAGAAAGGGGAAAGAAUCGCUCGAGAAAGAUUCACUGCAGACUCUGCCAGCACCCUGCAAUAGAUGGAUUCCGACUACACGAGGGGGGAGACGCGGAGGUGACACUCUUCUCUGCCUGCGGAGAGGACAGCCAAACAAAUGCAAGGAUCGGACUCGACGCCAAUAAUAUCUGGAAGUCGUGACACGGUGUGUAUAAAACAAAAGUUUGCGAGCUGUUAAUUGCUGUGCUGUAUUAUUAAGAGACGCUUUCAAGUUUCAAGUACCAAAUGUAGCUUAGCUUUAAGUUGCCAAAGGAAGUUGAGGGAAUUGCUUUGCUGUUUUAACUUGGUCUGUGUGAGGAAUCUCCUAAACUGACCGAUGUGCCAAAUGAAUGCUAAAAUGCACUUUAGAUUUGUUUUUGCACUCCUGAUGGUAUCUUUCAGCUAUGAUGUACUGGGCAAGAAUUUGAAAUACAGGAUUUAUGAGGAGCAGAGGGUUGGAUCCGUAAUUGCAAGACUAUCAGAGGAUGUGGCUGAUGUUUUAGUUAAGCUACCUAAUCCUUCCACUGUUCGCUUUCGAGCCAUGCAAAGGGGAAAUUCUCCUCUCCUGGUAGUAAAUGAGGAUAACGGAGAAAUCAGCAUAGGGGCUAAAAUCGACCGUGAACAACUAUGCCAGAAAAACUUGAACUGUUCCAUAGAGUUUGAUGUGAUCACUCUACCCACUGAGCAUCUGCAGCUUUUCCAUAUUGAAGUCGAAGUGCUGGAUAUUAAUGACAAUUCUCCCCAGUUUUCAAGAUCUGUCAUACCUAUUGAAAUAUCUGAGAGUGCAGCAGUUGGGACUCGCAUCCCCCUGGACAGUGCAUUUGAUCCAGAUGUUGGGGAAAAUUCCCUCCACACCUACUCUCUCUCUGCCAAUGAUUUUUUUAAUAUUGAGGUUCGAACCAGGACCGAUGGAGCCAAGUAUGCAGAACUCAUAGUGGUCAGAGAGCUGGAUCGGGAGCUGAAGUCAAGCUAUGAGCUUCAGCUCACUGCCUCAGACAUGGGGGUGCCUCAGAGGUCUGGCUCAUCCCUACUAAAAAUAAGCAUUUCCGACUCCAAUGACAACAGCCCUGCUUUUGAGCAGCAGUCUUAUAUAAUACAACUCUUAGAAAACUCCCCUGUUGGCACUUUGCUCCUUGAUCUGAAUGCCACUGAUCCAGAUGAGGGCGCUAAUGGGAAAAUUGUAUAUUCCUUCAGCAGUCAUGUGUCUCCCAAAAUUAUAGAGACUUUUAAAAUCGAUUCAGAAAGAGGACAUUUGACUCUUUUCAAGCAAGUGGAUUAUGAAAUCACCAAAUCCUAUGAGAUUGAUGUUCAGGCUCAAGAUUUGGGUCCAAAUUCAAUCCCAGCUCAUUGCAAAAUUAUAAUUAAGGUUGUGGAUGUUAAUGACAAUAAGCCUGAAAUUAACAUAAACCUCAUGUCCCCCGGAAAAGAAGAAAUAUCUUAUAUCUUUGAAGGGGAUCCUAUUGACACAUUUGUUGCUUUGGUCAGGGUUCAGGACAAGGAUUCUGGGCUGAAUGGAGAAAUAGUUUGUAAGCUUCAUGGACAUGGUCACUUUAAACUUCAGAAGACUUACGAAAACAAUUAUUUAAUCUUGACGAAUGCCACACUGGAUAGAGAAAAGAGAUCUGAAUACAGUUUGACCGUAAUCGCUGAGGACAAGGGGACACCCAGUCUUUCUACAGUAAAACAUUUUACUGUUCAGAUCAAUGAUAUAAAUGACAAUCCACCCCACUUCCAGAGAAGUCGAUAUGAAUUUGCAAUCUCAGAGAAUAACUCACCAGGGGCGUAUAUCACCACUGUUACAGCCACAGAUCCCGAUCUUGGAGAAAACGGCCAGGUUACAUAUACCAUUUUGGAGAGUUUUAUCUUGGGAAGUUCCAUAACUACAUAUGUAACCAUUGACCCAUCUAAUGGAGCCAUCUAUGCCCUCAGAAUCUUUGAUCAUGAGGAAGUGAGUCAGAUCACUUUUGUGGUUGAAGCGAGAGAUGGAGGAAGUCCAAAGCAACUAGCAAGCAAUACCACAGUUGUGCUCACCAUCAUUGAUGAAAAUGACAACGUCCCUGUGGUUAUAGGGCCUGCACUGCGCAAUAAUACUGCAGAAAUCUCCAUACCCAAAGGGGCUGAAAGUGGCUUUCAUGUCACGAGAAUAAGGGCAAUUGACAGAGACUCUGGCGUGAAUGCUGAACUCAGUUGCUCCAUCGUAGCAGGUAAUGAGGAGAAUAUCUUUUUAAUUGAUCCACGAUCAUGUGACAUCCAUACCAAUGUGAGCAUGGAAUCUGUUUCCUACACAGAAUGGGAGCUCUCAGUCAUCAUCCAGGACAAAGGCAAUCCUCAGCUUCAUACCAAAGUCCUUCUGAAGUGUAUGAUCUUUGAAUAUGCAGAGUCAGUGACGAGUACAGCAAUGACCUCAGUAAGCCAGGCAUCUUUGGAUGUCUCCAUGAUUAUAAUUAUUUCCUUGGGAGCAAUUUGUGCAGUGUUGUUGGUUAUUAUGGUGCUGUUUGCAACUAGGUGUAACCGAGAAAAGAAAGACACUAGAUCCUACAACUGCAGGGUAGCAGAGUCCACGUACCAGCACCACCCCAAAAGGCCAUCCAGGCAGAUUCACAAAGGGGACAUUACAUUGGUACCGACCAUGAAUGGCACUCUGCCCAUCAGAUCUCAUCACAGAUCGUCUCCGUCUUCGUCUCCCACCUUGGAGAGAGGGCAGAUGGGCAGCCGGCAGAGUCACCACAGUCACCAGUCCCUCAACAGUUUGGUGACGAUCUCAUCCAACCACGUGCCAGAGAGUUUCUCAUUAGAACUCACCCAUGCCACUCCUGCUGUUGAGCAGGUUUCCCAGCUUCUUUCAAUGCUUCACCAGGGGCAAUAUCAGCCAAGGCCAAGUUUUCGAGGAAACAAAUAUUCCAGGAGCUAUAGAUAUGCCCUCCAAGACAUGGACAAAUUUAGCUUGAAAGACAGUGGCCGUGGUGACAGUGAAGCAGGAGACAGUGAUUAUGAUUUGGGGCGAGAUUCACCAAUAGAUAGGCUGCUGGGUGAAGGAUUCAGUGACCUGUUUCUUACAGAUGGAAGAAUUCCAGCAGCUAUGAGGCUUUGCACGGAGGAGUGCAGGGUCCUGGGACACUCUGACCAGUGCUGGAUGCCACCGCUGCCCUCGCCAUCCUCUGACUAUCGGAGUAACAUGUUCAUUCCGGGGGAGGAAUUCCCAGCGCAACCCCAGCAGCAGCAUCCGCAUCAGAGUCCUGAGGAGGACACCCAGCCUGCAGAUUCAGGUGAGAAGAAGAAGAGUUUUUCCACCUUUGGGAAGGACUCCCCAAACGAGGAGGACUCCGGGGAUACCAGCACAUCCUCUCUGCUCUCGGAAAUGAGCAGCGUCUUCCAGCGCCUCUUGCCCCCUUCCCUGGACACCUAUGCUGAGUGCAGCGAGGUGGAUCGGUCCAACUCCCUGGAACGCCGCAAGGGACCUUUGCCAGCCAAGACGGUGGGUUACCCGCAAGGUGUGGCUGCCUGGGCAGCCAGUACACAUUUUCAGAAUCCCACCAACAACUCUGGUCCCCCACUUGGAACUCACUCCAGCGUGCAGCCUUCUUCGAAAUGGCUGCCAGCCAUGGAGGAGAUCCCCGAAAAUUAUGAAGAAGAUGAUUUUGACAAUGUGCUCAACCACCUCAACGACGGGAAACAUGAACUCAUGGAUGCCAGUGAGCUAGUGGCUGAGAUUAACAAACUGCUUCAAGAUGUCCGCCAGAGCUAG